UGGAAAGCAAUAUUACUCGAGACAGGAGUCAUUUCAGCCUGACCGUUGCAUUAGCGAACUCUGAACAACUUCUGUAUUUCAAACCAGUUACAGUCUGCUCAAGGUAUGAAGCGGCCAUUGAGUCCGGAUCACAUCCUUGAAAAUGGAAGAAUGAGCACACCCUUUACAAACUGUAUUGAACACAAGCUAGCAAACAAUGGUCAUCUGGAUAUGCAGAUAGCUCAGGAUAAGAAGAAACUGCUUUACUCACUGUGUGAAGUAUGCAACAUUCAGCUGAACACUGCUGCUCAAGCUGGGGUCCAUUACAAUGGAAAAUCUCAUCUUAAACGUGUCAAACAGCUCAACAAUGGAAAACUUCCCGCCAGCACAGCCCCAAGCUCUAUAUUUGCCAGUACAAGCACAGCAGGAAGUACAUGCCAUAGCAGCACAUUUCCUGCAGCUGUGCGAACACCUACCCUGAUGAUGCAGCCCUCAUUGGAUAGCAAACCUUUUAUGUCCUUUCCUAUGGAUACUAGUUCUGCUGUUGGACUCUUCCCAAAUUUUAACACAAUGGAUCCUGUACAGAAAGCAGUAAUUAACCACACUUUCGGAGUGUCUAGUCCUCCAAAGAAGAAGCAAGUUAUUUCCUGCAACGUAUGCCAGCUUCGUUUUAAUUCAGAUGUGAGUACAGUAUUCUUACUGAGCCAAGCCGAGGCACACUACAAAGGCACUAAACAUGCCAAGAAGCUCAAAGCACAGGAGUCCCCGAAAAAUAAGCAGAAAACUGCUUCUGCCAAGGACACCGCAAAGAACAUCGCCGCUUCCAACAACUCUGACAAACCAGGAAAAAAAGUAGGGCCCAGUAACACUGCUAAAGCUGUCCCACGUCCAAUCGCUGCACCACAUCCGAUCACUGCCCCACCUCCGAUCACUGCACCACGUCCAGUCACUGCCCCACCUCCGAUCGCUGCCCCUCCUUUCGUUGCUGCUCCACUGUUGGUUCACCAUGUGUCUAAACCUGCACCCGAAGCAUCGGCAAUGACAGCUGCUCCCGCUGAAGCAAUACUGAGUGUAAUGAAGAAUGGAGAUGGUCCUGCACCUAUAGAGUCUGAAGAGGAGAAGGCAAAGAAGCUCCUUUACUGUUCCCUAUGUAAAGUAGCUGUCAACUCCCUGUCCCAGUUGGAGGCACACAACACAGGUUCAAAGCACAAGACAAUGCUGGAAGCUCGAAAUGGAGCUGGUCCUAUCAAGGCAUACCCCAGACCUGCAUCCAAACUCAAGGUGCAGACAAGCAUAGUUAAAGGGUCAGGCCUGCAGAACAAGACGUUCCAUUGUGAAAUCUGUGAUGUUCAUGUCAAUUCUGAAAUCCAGCUGAAACAGCACAUUUCCAGUAGGAGACACAAGGACAGAGUAGCUGGCAAACCCAUGAAACCCAAAUACAGUCCCUAUAACAAACAGCAACGCAGCUCAAAUGUUUUGGCAGCCAAACUUGCAUUCCAAAAGGACCUAGUCAAGCCACUGACCCCUACAUUUCUUUCACCUUCAUUUUCACCUGCAGCCGUAUCAUCUCUCUCUCUUCACCCCCGGCCCAAUACUGCACUCUUCCAGACUUCCGCAUUACCAGCAUCUUUCUUCAGGGCAGCACCUGGGCCAAUCCGUCCAACAGCAGGAUCAAUCCUCUUUGCACCAUAUUGAUUCUUUGACAUGACAUGACAUGACAGUAAAAGGCCAGUAGAAAAGGGGAAGUAAAGCUUGCACAAGCUUAAGCGAUCCUUGCUUUGACUUAGCGAGGCUGUGGAGUGUACACAACUGAGCAGUGUAUUUCAACCUCGAUGGAUACUUGGAUUUACAAGCUUCGAACAAAGGCUUUUUUUCUUAACAUCUGUAUCUAAAGAGGUAUCUGUACUUACAAAAUGAGUUUUUACAGUUCUGGAUGUCUCAAUCAGAGGAAUUGAAUCUAAAUACGAAGAGCAUUGAACUGCUUCCUGGCUGACUUGAACAUACCAAGGUCUUCCUUAUAAAUAAAACAGGCAUCUCCAGCCACAGUAUACCAGUAUGUGGAUCACAUCUUCAGUAACAGAAGGUAUACGAUUUUUAAUCAUGUCUUGAUGUAGUCAGGGAUUGUAUAAUGCUGUUUUAGGCCUCAGUACUGUUGUGUAUUGUGUAGUAAAUUUAGGUGUGUCAUGUCUAAUUUAAAGCUUAAAGCUUUUUUAUGCCCAUCUAACAGCUGCCUACUUUGUGUUCAUACAUGUUUAUGCUUAUCUUUGGACAUGUUACUUUAAAAAAAUAAGAAUAACCUAGCAUAUUAGCAUAUUUUCAUUGUAAGCUUUUUGUUUUGUUUUGUUUUUUUGUUUGUUUUAAGUUAUUUUGGUAGCUUCCUCACUGGGUUUGUUGCUGAACAUUGUUAUGCAUUUUUCAAAAGAAAAAAAAAAACUGUACUUAGAAAAUUGCAUAUACCAUUUGUCUUGCCAGUUAUUUGGCAGGGAAAUCACGAGCCUUUCAUUGUUAUGUAAUUUUAAAAGACUCCUUCAUUUCUAAUGGUGCUGCAUUAUUCUGUGGCCCUUUGAUGCAAUAAUGUACAGAACAUUAGAUAUUUAUAUUUAAAAUUGUGUCUUUAAUGUUUACCUAACAUGUUGCAAUGCCACCUCUCAGAGGGGCAGUGGAUAUGUAGUGAACAGAAGAAAUUAUUUGUAUUUUUAGAAUCUAAAAAAGCAAUCUGCACCACAAUAAUAAAAACAAUAGAAUAUAUGUUUAUUAGAGUCUGUGGAGUAAUGCUUUGCGUGUAGUAAUUAUGUAAAACAGAAAAGUCUAUGUACAUUUGACAUGUACCUUUUCCAAUAAAAAAAGAAGAUAAAAUACACUAUAGUGAUAUUAUAUACCACCCUUUCCAGUGAAAUUUGAAAGAAGACCAGAUGUCUUGACAGUGGUAAUCACUGAGCAGAUUUGCCCAUAAUAUAUCUAAAGCUGCAGGACUCUGUCUCAAAUGAAAUUCGUUGGACAGUUUUGUGCACCUAUCAAAGCAGCCACAGUAGUUUAUGAAAAACUAGAAUGUCUGCUUGUGACCAUAAUUUCAUUUAAUGGGAGGAGAGUCAAUAACUACAUUUAACCUAUACGGUUACAGCUAAUUGAUCAAUUAUUUUUAAUAAC